ACGCCGCGCCCAGCCGACCGGAGCGCCAGAGAAAACGGCGCGCGUCUCUCCGGCCGCGCCAGUCUGGCUGUAGCCGCCGACUGUGUUGGUAGUGACAGACACGCACAGCUCACCCGCACACUAUUGGUGACUCGCACUCACACACUCCAUUCUAACUCCUCAAGCGAUAGUGACAAGAGGUUGACAUCAUAACUCCCGGGGCAGCGAGAUACGCAACGUACAGCAGAAAUUGCCAGCAUUUUGAGCGGUCACCCAGCAAUACCGCCGCCAUGCAAAACCUCGACGCUACAGGCACGACGAUAGUCAUCACCAUCCUCCUAGAGGGCACGUAACACCAACACCACUUCCCUCACUCACCCCCUCCAACACUCAUCACCAUCACCCACACUCUCCAAGUCUCCAUCAUCACAUUCGCCUCUUCAACUUCUAGCUAAGGUCUCACCUGUGCAGCAUCCACCUCUCUUACUCAUCAAGCACUCCUGACACCUCAUCUACAGUAAGCACAAGACUCCCCGAGACGACCACAGCAUCAACUCUCACACUAAGUAAUCCGUCUCGUGUGGACUUCAGCAUUCAUUUCAGUCAGACCGCAAGCAAGCAACGUCCAGACCCCACCACCUCCUCCACCAUAACGCUAAGAGGCCGCUAAAUAUCCACCCUAACUUGAGCAAGAAUCAGCCCCAGCAACAACCCCGGUGAAUUCCUGGACCCACAAGCACCACACCUGGACCAUCUUCGCAUUAUCCGCGGAGGCUCGGCGCGGCGCACCUGCAAGUAGCUGAUCACUCGGGUGUGGGACCUUCAGUCGCCCUUCAGGAUGUGCGGCGAAGUAGAUGUCUGGAGGAUCAAGACGGUGCUGGUGGGCCUCCUCGCCGUCACCGCUUCUGCAGAUGACUGGAAGGAAGACCUGAGCAACAAACUAAGCAUCGGGGUGCGUGACGGCGGGUACUCGCGGGCCGUCUUGGACUGUGAGGAUGACCACAUGGCCUUCGUCAUCGCCUUAGAGGAGGACUUCGAGGGUGUGGUGUACACAAGGGGCAGCUUCCACACCCGCCGCGGGCCCUGCUUCCUCGACGCUACCGGUGGCAAGGAGUUCGCCCUCAAGUUCGGCUACAAGGACUGCUCGACUAAAUAUGACGACGAGAUAGGUGCUCACGUCAACACAGUGGUUGUACAACACGACGAUGACCUGAUCUUCCCGGGAGACCUCGCCUUUGCCCUCAGAUGUCAUGACCGCAUCACUGUCAACGCCACCGUGGCCGGGAUCAAGUCGAAGAUCUCCCUGGUUGACCCUGACCCAGGCUCCAAGUUGAACUCCAAGAACGAGGUGGUGGCGACCUCAUCCUCGAGCGUAGUCACCCUCACGCCCGGCCGCCUCACCCCGCCCAAGGAAGAACUAUAACCCAGGGGAGGGCGGCACAACCCCCUUCCCCCCACCACACUACUGCUGGUGGCGGUGUUGCUCCUUCGUUCGUCCUCUGGCUGUCCCUCGCGGAGUCACUGGUCACCUUGGCCUCUAGCUUAACAGGUCAAAAGUCAUUUUAGACAGCCGUACACGAAGUCAAAGGUCGUCUCAAGACUAGUGUAUAGAGUCAGAGGUCACACACGACUGCAGUAUGCUAGGUCAAAGGUCACGUUCAUCCACAAUAUAUGAGAUGUGACGUCACCUCAGGCUGACGUAUAUGAGCUCGAUGAUCCCCGUAAAUCGCUGUAUACGAGGUCAGGAGUCACCUCAGACCGCAGAAGAAGAAGGUCAGAAGUUAUCUCAGACUACAGUAUACGAGGUCAAGACCCAUUUUGGUCAAUAGCCUGCGAGGUCAGAGUUCACAACAGAUAGCAGUAAACUCUAGAUAAUGACUAAGUAAAAUUAGCUGGAUCAGACAACACCACGGACGUGUGAGAGACAGACCCUCCUUGAUCAGCUGAUCACCAGAGACAACCAUGGAUUGGCCAGUCAGGCGGCGAGGUUCUAUCUGACUGGGAGUCAAUAUUUAUGCUCUUCAGACGUGAUAGUCUUUUUGUUUUAAUUAAUGAAGACAGGCAGGGCAGUGUUACCUGGUGUUGGCGGGGCAGUGUUACCUGGUGUUGGCGGGGUAGUGUUACCUAGUGUUGCCUCAUGUUGGCAGGGUAGUGUUACCUCCUACUGGCAGGACAUCGCUAUUGCAGUGUUGGAAGACGGAGUUCGACAACUUGAUCUCAUAGUAGGUAGAGAGAGAGACAUGGAUAAAACUUAUACCCGUCCUCAAAAAAGAGUACCACUGCAGGCAGAAGACGAGCGAACGUUCGUCUGGUGGAGGUGAACGCAUAAUAAGGGAAGCCGCCCUGUAUCCUGCAGGUGUUGUGUGAAGGACCAAUCACGUCACAGAACAAGCCAACUCUCACCAAUCACAAUCCAACUUUUUAUUUUCCUCCAGGUAACUACACAAAUAAUUAUCACAUGGCUUAUGCAAGGAAGAAGAAUUAAAAUUAGUUUGGAUUAGUUUAAUUUAGCUUAGGUUAGAAAUAACAGCUGUGUGCAAGAGGUAAAAAAGCUGGUCUGUUAUUGGUGGAUGAGAUGCCAGUUACUGAGGAAAGGAAACUGGGAUGUUGUCCUGUGAUAGGUGGAUAUGUUACGAGCAACUUGCAAGAUCCUAUCUGUGAUUGGCUGUUCGCUAUCAGGUGUGGCCCCUCAUCACACACACACCUGUAGACCGGGUGGGCAAGUGGACUGGCAUUAGCUUGUUGGCGCAUUACACACUCGCUUGUUUCCCCAUUUCACUAUCGUCGUCAGUACUGCCAGAUGUGCCUCUUUGUUUUGGGACAAUAUUUUUCAACUUAUUUUUGUAUUAUUAUGUUCGCCAGUGUGAAUAUUUUUCUCAUAAUUCACUGUGGAAAUUAACGUAACAUUCUCUAUGCUCUAAGAAUAUAUUUUGUUACGCUUGGUCGCUGUUGCCUGCUGUUAAACACGACUGUCAGAGAUUCAAGUCUUCAUCACUAUAACUCUGAUCACUCGGCUACACUAAAGAGUAAACAAAAUCAAUACAAACAUUUCUGUAAACAAGAAACAAUAUAUAUUCAACUACUAUGACUAUUUUGUAUUAGUUAUUUUUUUUUAUAAUAGCCAAAUUAGUAUUAUAAUUAAGCUGAUGUAGACUUGAGUUAGGUUCCUUGUUGAUGCUGUAGAAUGACUGCCACGUGUCAUACUACAUAAGCCUUGGUGGACAUCAUUCCAGGCUAGUGGAUCAUAUAUAGUGAAAGGCAUUAUGAAACUGAUGAAAUAAAAAGGACACUUACAUCCACCAGACACUCAUA